CUGCCUUCCGAUCUUUGUAUCUUGACAAGCUUAGUUCUACAUACUCCAUAAGUCAUUUAGGGUUCUGGAUCAUCCGUCAGUUCCGCAGUCCAUGGCACAGCCCUCAUCGAUUCGCAUACCGCCGCCGAUCACGACAGUAGAAGCACGUCGACCUCCAUCCGCGAAACGACACACUGUGGAGCCAUGGGCUCACCUCGUUGCUGGCGCGAGCGGAGGGGUAGCCACAGCAAUUGUUACUUCUCCAUUUGAUGUCUUGAGAACUAGACUCCAGUCUGCCAGUUUUUACCACCUUCCUGUCCCUGUCGAACAAAAUAGCCUCACGACAGCGCCAUCUUCUUAUACACGCGUCUUCCGGUCUACCCUCAAUCACGUUCGCGAACUCCGUCACAUUACACGCUCAAUACACGCCAACGAAGGCUGGCUUGGCUUCUUCCGAGGACUUGGGCCUAGCCUUGCAGGCGUCGUCCCUGCAACUGCGGUCAAGUUCUACGUAUAUGGAAAUUUCAAAACGCUUGGCUGUCACUGCUUCGGGUUUGCAGAGGAUGCUGCGAUUAACCAUGCGCAGGCCGCCGUAGGUGCUGGGAUAGCUACGGCAUCCGCUACAAAUCCGAUAUGGCUGAUCAAAACUCGUCUUCAACUAGAUAAGUCACACGGGAAAGCAGAAAGUGGGGUACGACGAUACAAGAAUAGCAUAGACUGCGUUCAGCAAGUAAUACGGCAAGAGGGUAUCAGGGGUCUUUACAAAGGACUCAGUGCGAGCUACCUCGGCAGCAUCGAGACAGCACUGCACUUGGUUCUCUAUGAAAAGCUCAAAGUACAGAUUCGACGAUUUUUGGACAAUGAUCACGCAGCAUACGGUGCAAAUUGGCAUGAAUUUACAAGCUGGGCAAGUACUAGCGGAGCCGCAGGCUCUGCAAAGCUCGUUGUAACUUUAAUCACAUAUCCCCACGAGGUUGUCAGAACAAGACUAAGGGAAGCCCCCACAGAUCCUAGGGCUCCGAAGUACUCAGGACUCAUCCAAUGCUUUCGCUCAAUCGGACACCACGAAGGAAUGGCCGGUUUGUACGGAGGCCUUUUGCCACACCUGCUGAGAUCCAUACCAGCGGCUAUAGUGACGCUAGGGGUGUAUGAGUUCGUACUGAGGCUAAGCGGAACUUGCGCUGUGGAAGAUAACUGAUUAUGAAACAUGGUUGGUAUUUCUUAUUUUGAACUUGAUUCCCACGACUAGUUAGAUCUGUAUAACGUAUCACUCUUCUCAGUGUCUAUUAUCAUCACUCAGCUAGACCAGGCAAAUUACCUACCUAUACACGCUCACCGGCUUCAGAUUCCGGUUGAACAGAAUCACGAUCGAAGCGUUGACUCCCGGGAGAUAUAUU